UCACUUUCACUUUCACUUUCGCAGCUGCGCCAAGGAAAAGAAAAGAAGAUGUCUCGAUUCCCAUGUAUGCACUACUCGAUCAUAUCCCGAACCAAAACGCUCUCUUGAUUUCUUCCCGAAACCACCACACACACGUCCAUCAGCAGCUCGCGAGCUCAGCUGGUACGCAGGCACACCAUGCGGCGGCUCAGCGACGCAGGGGAGGCCACGCCGCUGGUCACCCCCGCGGCGGCCGCGGCGGCGGGCGGCACCUUGGCAUCGCCGGCCGCUGCGGGGAGCAACGCCAACUUCGACGCCAACAUGGUGAUCAUCCUGGCCGCGCUGCUCUGCGUUCUCAUUUUCGCGCUUGGGCUCAACUCCGUCAUCCGCUGCGUGCUCCACUGCGGCCGCCGGCUCGCGCCGUCGUCGAGCCUCGCGGCCAGCGCCACCACGGCGAGGACGACGACAUCCGUGCACGUGCAGGCGGGGCUCAAGAGGAAGGCGCUGAGGAAGAUACCCGUGGAGGUGUACGGCGGAGCCAAGUCGUCCGGCGGCGCCCUCCCAGCCACGGCCACGGAGUGCGCCAUCUGCCUCGGCGAGUUCGCCGACGGCGAGAAGGUACGCGUGCUCCCGCGGUGCCACCACGGAUUCCACGUCCGCUGCAUCGACAUGUGGCUCGCUACGCACACCUCCUGCCCCAACUGCCGGGCCUCGCUCGCUGAGGACGGCGCCGCCGCUGCCAACGGCGGAGGGAGAUAGCGCCGGACAGGCCGGUGACGCAGCAUUGGGAAGUGUGGCAACAGCCGCCGGAGCAGGCGGACCGGUGAGGUGGUACAGCUAGGGAGGCGCGUCGGCGGCCAUCUCGAUGAGGUGGGGAAGCGAAGGGGGGCAUCCUAGCGGUGGCGGCCGGCAUGGUGGAGCUGGGCACAAGAGGCGGCCGUCCUAGCGGUGGCAUGGUGACGCGGCGGAGAGGAGCGACGAAGGGGCAACAUGGCGGCGCAGGGCACACAUCCUGAACUUUCAUGUGGGUUUUUACCCGUCAAAUUAUACGGAAAGAACUAUCUUUUCGUGGUUAAGGGAAGGUGGGGUGGUUUCACGGGUCCUUUAAAAUAUUUCCAGGUUCAUGGGAGCUAUUGGAAUUGCUCUUAGUGUGUUUGUCAACGGUACAUUUGACUAUUGAUAAGGGUGAUGCCAACAGAUGAUCUAGUUUCAGCCAGUGGCAGAGACAAGCCUGGGGCAGUUGGGGCUAUAGCCCCAGGCCUAGUAACAACUUUCCUUGUAAUUCCUUUAUACAAAGUACGGAAAAUCAUGAAAAUUUAUCACUCAACAUAGAACAGCCCCAGGCGUAACAUGCUUCUAGCUCCGCCACUGGUUUCAGCGAAAAUAAUCACCACUCGCGGGUCAAAAAUUAAAUAUUGGUCUGUGGUGGCAUUGUUAUCAUGACUGUCGAACAAGAGCUAAGUGUUAUG